AUGGCCAGCAACGCAAAUUUAUUAACCGUCAAGGGCGAAGGGGACUAUGCCAAACUGAACGCCUUUUUCGCGGAGCACUCGUACUACCAAAAUCACAUGCUAAGUGCCAUGGAUUUGAAGAUCUACAAUCAGAUAAAAUGCGUCGUAUGUAAAGAAAAGUACCCCCAUUUGUAUCGCUGGUAUAAGCACAUCAGCUCCUUAGAAAGUUAUGUCACAGAGCAGUUUAAGGAUCCAAGCGAAAAGGCGAAAAAAGCGGGAGGUAGUAGCAACGCGCCAGAGAAAAAGAAUGUCCCAGAAAAUGAUGAUGUUGAUAACGAUAUUGACCUAUUCGGGGACAGCAAUAAUGAUGACCAGAGCAUUCUCUUAGAGAAAAAAAAACAGAAAGAAGAAGAGUUAAAAAAGAAGAAACAAAAAGAAAAGGAAAAAAACAGGUCCAUUUUAAUUAUCGAAAUCAAGCCCAAAUCAAUUGACACAGAUAUUGCUAAAAUCCCCAAACUAGUUAAGCAGAAAAUUGUUGAUGAAAAUAUCAAAUGGGGUGAGGAAGUAAAAAAAUUACCCGUAGCAUUUGGCCUGUACAAACUUCACAUGUCUUGUAUUAUAUAUGACGAUUUCGUCAAUACGAAUGACUUGAUUGAGAAAAUAGAAAACAUUGAUUUGGAUAAUGAGGAAGACAAGAAAAAGAGAAAGCUAAUUCUCGGCCUGGAUGGAGAGGACAACGACGCCAACAGUGACGAGGAUGGCGACGACGAUGGAGCCAACGAGGACGAUGUAAAUUAUGAAGAUGUGGAAGACGACUUGGACUUCCUGGUGCAGUCAGCCGAGAUUAUUAGCUUCAACAAGUUGUGA